GAAUGGUUUCUGCUGAUCAUUUUGAUUUAACUGGUUUACAAACAAGAUAUGGGCAAUUACAAGAAUUAUUUUCUCAACUUUCGUUGCAAUGUCAACAGAGGAAGACACAAACAACGAAUGCAAUUCGUUAUUUUGGCUUUGUUCGUAGAGCUGAUGAACUUCUUCAAUGGUUACGCGAAAGAUUAUCACUUGCUGAACGUGAAGAUUAUGGGCAAGAUUUGGAAGAAUGUGAAUUACUUGCACAACAAUUUCAUGAGGUUGUGAGGGAAUUGGCUUCUGCUGGAGAGAGAGUGGCACAAGUAUUGACAUUAAAAGAAGAAUUACUCCGCGAAAAACAUCCAAAUGCAGGUUCAAUUCGUGCAAAGGGUCAAGAUGUUCAACAACUUUGGCACGAAGUUAAUGAAGCUGCUAAUGAACGACAGCAAGCAUUAAUUGAUGGAAAAAAUAUUCAUUUAUUCGACCAAAAAGCAGAUGAAUUAUUAGAAAGAUUAGCUGAAAAAGAGGCUUAUUUGCUUGCCCAAAGUGAAGAACAAUUUGGAGGAAUUGAUUUAGAUCAAGUGUUUGGACAAAGAGAAAGACAUAAUAAUGAAUUUAUGCAUUCUUUGGAUGUUUUGAGUCGUCAAGUUUUGGAACUCUGCGCCGAAGCUGAUCGAAUUAUAGAAAUAUUUCCCCGCACUUCCGAGCAUUUAGAAGUUCGUCGUGGAGAACUUAUUGAACAAUUAAAGGAUGAAUUUCGUGAAUUAAUGGUUUGGGCUCGUCAAAUGCAUGCUUCAAUAACUGGGGAACUUUUACCUAAAGAAGUAGCUGGAUGUGAGGCUCUCGCCGCUAGACAUGCCGAAUUUCGGCGUGAAAUUUCUUCAAAAGAAUCAGAAAAACUUCAUUUUAUACAAAAAGGAGAACAAUUAUUAUCACAAGGGCAGAAUGCUUUGGUGAAUGAGAUUCGUUCUCGUAUAACUACUUUAGAGGAAGUUUUCUCUGAUUUGUUAAAAACUUGGCAUCGGAGACAACAAAUCUAUGAGGAUAAUGCUGAUCUUCAACGUUGGUUGUCCUCUGCAUCUGAAUUGGAACGUUGGUUAACAGAGAGAGAACAAUUGCUUGCUAAAGAUUGGACUGGAUUAGUUCAGGAUGGACUAGAAGCUGUUGAAAAUCAAAUUAGACAAUUUGAUGACUUUCUUGCCACUCUCGAUGCCCAAAGUCCUCAAUUUGAAGCUUUGAAACGCCUUACUCGACUUGAACAAAAUUGGGAACGUCUUAAAGGUCAGGAGGAUCGUGAAAGAAUUGUUUCUGUAAAUGCCCAACUUCAACAACAGCAACAACAAAACCGAAGGGAAACACAACCAAUUAGAACAUUAGAAAAGAAGAAAAUGCUACAGGAGAAAAGACAAGAAAGAGAACGCCGUAAAACACAGGAAAUUUCAUUAAUGGGAAACUCUAAUGGAGGAAUUGGGCGUCAUUCAACUACCGGACAGUCAAUUCGUUCUUCAACUUCUGCACAUUCUGGGGCUCAAAUGUUGGGACAAUUACAACAAUUAGAGCCUGUCCAGUCUUUGGCAACUACUGCAUUUAAUUCCUCUCAAACACUCCCAAGAGCUAGGCAAAGAGCUGCUGUAGGUGCUACUUCCUCAGCAUCUUCUUCUACAUCAGUAGUUGUAGUUGAAGGACAGCAGAAUAUUGUGCCACCAGUUGCUUCUUCUCGCCUUUCUAUCGAAAUUUCGCAGCCAUCAUCUACACAACAACAACAAAAUUUAACACCUUCCGCUCCUUUCCCUGUAGGUAUGCGAGUACCUUCCACAGGUCGAACACCUGGAUUUACAACACGUAGAACACAAAGUAUUCGAAGAAGUCGUCAAUGGGAUGAUUUAAGAACCGUUGAUAUUCACGGUUAUUUGGAUAGAAAACAAGAAUUACAAGCAGGUGGAAAACGUGCAACUUUCCGUUCUUGGAAGAGCUAUUAUUCAAUUUUGUGUGGACAACUUCUUUGCUUUUUUAAGGACGAACAACAUUUUAUGGAAAAUAUGGCAGCUGCAGCGCCUUUGGCAUUACAUGGAUCGAAUUCUGCACUUAAUCCUGAAUAUAUUAAAAAACGUUUUGUUUUCAAAUUAAAUACUGCUGAUGGAGCUGAAUUCCUUUUUGCUGCACCUGACCAGCUUAAAGCUCUUGAAUGGGUUGAUAAAAUUAAUUUUAGAGCAAAGUUAGAUCCAGCUGAUCAAUUGCUUGCUUUUAGACCGAGUACAAGUGAACCACUUGGAAAUUCCCAAUCAAAGCGACUUCCUUACUCCUCUACAACUGCAGAUGUAAUGUCUAGUUCGAGAAGUAUGACAUUAGAAUCAAGGCCAAAGCCUAAAGAAUUUAGUGGAAAUGUUGCUAAUACUUUCAAAGUGCCAAAUGAAAAUCAAAAAAUGAUUAAAAGUAAAAAAUUAGAAUUAAAUUUAGUCAGAAAUUCAGGGAAUUUACUCUCUCUGGCCUUCUCUUACAUAUCAAUUAAUUUUAUUUUUAAAGGCGCAACAUUAGAUCCACGUAAAAUUAAUGAUGACAAUAAACAUACAAAUUAUUAUUAUUCUUCUAAUAAUAAACAAAAAAAUGAAGAGAAUGGACAAAAUAUAGUAGAACAACAACAAUUUGCAAGUCGAAUAAAAAUUGGGGAGGAGGGUGAUGAAGAAGAAAAAAUUAUUGUUGAAGAGGAAGAUUUAGAAAAUAGUCCAAAUAAUAAUUGCCGAAAUAAUCAAAAUGGGAAUUCAAAUAUUUUUGAAGAUAAUAUUUCUGUACGCAGUGGUGGAAUCGGAGGAACAUUUAGUGAGUAG